AUGAGUGACAAGGUGAUAUCAGUUUUAAUGCUUGAUUAUGUGAUAAUAUAUCCUCUCUGGCAGUCUCUGUCUAUAUGUUAUGAUGUGAUCGUGCCAAAAUUAAAUUCUACUGUUUUUCUAUUAAUUUAGAUAAUUAUUGGAAAAGUACGAAUUUGGAAUGGUCGAAAUCUCUUCUGAACCUCCCAACAUUGACCAUCAAGGAAAUUGAACAAUUUUUUGAAGAAUCAGGCAAAACUGGAAAGACCCAAAAAAGAGCGGACAAUCUUCUCUAUCAAAAUUUCUUGGAUAGUGUAUCAUGCUCGCAUGACACCAACCACUCUUAUGUUAGAGCAAUCUGCUGUGCUUCCUACACUAAGAGCCAGUACCACCAACUAAGUUGCGCCUUGUCAAAAAUAAGUGCACAAAUUUUAUAUGCACACUGUACAUGUAAAGCCGGACAAGGAGGCUUUUGUAAUCACAUUUAUGCCCUCCUCAAGUUAAUAGCACAAUUCGUACUCGACAAAUUAGACGAAAUUCCAUUGCAGCUUCCAUGUACAUCAAGACCCUGUGGUUGGACAGUCCCAAAGGUGAGAAGUAUGAACGUACGGAAAGAGACCGUGAUGGAGACUAUCAUUAAGAAACCUAAAUUGGGAAAAAAUACUGGUGUAAAAUGCAACCUUUAUGAGGCAAGAUCUUCUGAGCAACAAACAUUUGAUGCAAAUGCAAUUUUUGAAAUGAAAGAAAAUCUAAAAAAAGAUAAUCCAAAGAUUCCAAUGGUGGAUGGUGUGCGAAGUUCGGUUUCAUCUGAUGCAUGGUGCGAGACGAAAUUUGGAAAAGUACCCAUAUUCUCUCCUCUUGCUUAUCAAUGUAGUAAGCUGGGCAAUAACUUUAAUGUGUAUAUAAAUAUUGACAAAUGCCCUUCAAAUCCAGCCACUACUCCUACUACUUACCCAAACUUUCUUCACCGUAAUAUCCGCCAGUACUAUCACCACGACCUUUCAACUCUUGAUUCUUCUCAAAAAGCAGUUUUCGAUAAACUUGAAGUGACAAAUGAACAGGCAGUUAUACUGGAGCAGACUACACAGUUACAGUCACAAAGUUCACUUUGGUUUAAAGAAAGGAAAUGCAGGGUCACAGCCUCAAAAGUUUAUGAUGUGUUUCAUUGGAAGAGGGGAAUGGACAUGCAUGCGGAAAAAUUUGUUAAUAGUGAUGUGUGGAAAGUACCUGAAAUUUUGCAAAAGAAAUUUGAUCAUGGAAAAACGGGGGUGUAUGAGAGAAGAGAUGGAUCCUAG